AUUUGACGUCACUAAAAUAUUCCGGAUCCUUCCGGGAUCAAUUUGGUAAUUUUCAUAUUGUUUAAUCUGGUAUUACUAAACCCUCUCUUCUCAUGCUUCUAAAAUCGUGUGAGGGAUUAGGGCUUGUACCCUCGCCGCUUUGGAUCUAAGCUUCAAGAAUCAUUUGGUAAUCUUAAUGUUCAUGGUGGAUGGAAUCAUUUAUUUUUCUGUUAAUUUCGACAUUUAUAUAUUAUUUUCGAUGAAUUUACUUCAUGAACUAUUGUCGAUGGAUUUUCCGACUCGAUCUGGAGUACUGCGGCCGUGAUUUCCCUGUUUAAAAGGAAAUGAUGUAAAUAUGGCUUUUGUUUGUGUAUACCAUGGCUGCUGUUAUGGGUCGUGGACACGAGGGUGAUGGAGCUGAGGACCCACCUCUCCAAGGUGGUAGAGGUGCUUGUCAUCACGAGCAGGACCCAAUGUGCACGUAGGAAAGUUCGAGGCAAAGCCAAAAAUAUAAAGCUUGAAAAGUGAUCUUACGGAAUCAGGGCAACCCGAUUAGCAUGAACUAUGAUAGGUAUAUAACAUUUGAUCUCGUAGGAGAGCCGAAAGACAUGUUUUCACGAGAAGUUGGAAAAACAAUGUGACAAAUGGUCCCUUUUGAUAAAUAGAGUUGGAAAAAAGUUUUCCCUGCAAUAAAGGACACCGUAUUACAACAUUUAGGGUUUGAUUUGGAUCAGAUGUGCCAGGAUGUACAAGCUAAUAUGUUGAUAGAGUUUUCAAACAGCUUUGUUAAAAGGUUAUCGAGAACGUAAGCUGACGCAAAAGAAUAUUUUAUGUUAGUUGGAGGGUAUGAAGAUAUCCCGAGAGCAUUAGCCAACCCUCCAGAGGGUAUGGAAGUUGAUAACUGGAAGAAAGCAGUUGAGUAUUUCCAAACGGACAAACACAGAAUUGCUUUAGACAGGAACAAAAAAGUCCGUGAAAUGCAAACAAAUGUGAAUCGUGGGGGGUCGAGCUCGUAUAACAAUACUUUCUAUAAGAAGAACAUUAAGAGAGUGGAAACGUUUCGUAAAGCUCAUACCGAUAGGGAUGAUGUAUUUGUUACUGCUGAGGUGGAACAACAAUAUAAUCGGUUAGCCGAAGAGCUCUUAGAACAAACACAAGGUGAAAGUGAGUUAACACCCGCUCAAGAAAGAGCUGCUUUUGAGAAAGUAUUAGGAGAGCGACGUGGCCAUAUCAGAGGCAUCAGCUGUAAACCUUCUGCUUUCCCGCCGAUUUCACAGCCAUCGCAACCAUCACCACAACAAUCACAACCAUCACAGUUGGAAAAUCUUCGUGCAAUGCAUAUAGCGAUGAGCUUUAUUCGUUUUUUUCAAUCCCAAAAUAAUCGAGGAAACGAUGGGAACGAAGAUGAUGGUAUGUAGGGAUGAGUUUUAUUUGCAUAUUACACAUGUUGUUACGCUUUGCUACUUGUUAGGUUGUAAAUUUUUUGAUUGUUUUCUGUUAUUACCGGCGACAUUAUUACUUUUUAUAUUUAAUCGGAUGUUAUGUAAUUACCGGGCGACACUAUUACCGGCGACAUUAUUACUUUUUAUAUUUAAUC